AUGCGCUUCCUUUCCCUAAGCCCAUUCCUCGCCCUGCCCGCUUUACUGGUCGCAGCCCAUCAGCCAAAUGACGUACCGCCCGAUCCGUCAUACUACGAUGCACCGACCGCCAUAAACCGCGGCCACGAAGCUCCCCUCGAUGCGCAAAAGGUUCAGCAAGAUCCAUGGGAGAAUGGACCGUUAGUGCAGCAAUGGCGAAAAUGGGUUCGGCGACAAGAUACGGACUCGUCGGAAACGACGGAAACAAAAUCGGAGAGUCGAAAGACCGAAGAGACCACGCAAGACGAACCGACCACGACGGAAGAAAAGACCACCACGACGGAGGACAAGCCUACAACGACCGACGAGCCCACGUCCACGACCGAAGAGUCUACAACACAAGAAACAACGACCCAGGAAUCCUCAUCUACCGUCGAGUCAACCUCGACCGAAUCCUCCAUCUCCUCCACCUCCUCAUCAAGCAGCAGUAUCACCGCCACCGAGCCCGGCGCGUCCUGCUACAGCACAACAGUCUCAACCACCGUCGUCUGCUCCAUCACAACCGACGGCCGCACCGAAAGCGCAUCGUGCAUCACCAACCGCAUGACGUCCAGCACCUGCUCCCCCGGCCUCUUCUGCACGAUCCACCCCGACUCUGGCGCGACAGUCUGCAUGGAGCAGCAUAACGAGAUUGGAACGGAGGGUAUUGUCGUAGCGACGUUCUUUGGGGCGUGUAUUGCGGGGUGCAUGGCGGUUUUGGUGGGGAUGUGUUUGAGGGAUAAGAGAAGGGAGAAGAAGUGGCAGAGUAUUCAGCGGGUGAGGACGCUGAAGCAGGCGAAGAGGGCGGAGAGGACGAAUUUGAUGGCUCCUGUGACGCCUUGA